AUCAAUACAGCCAGUCGCAUACAACGGCCCGAUUGCAGUGGUCGUGUUUUCGUGGUGUUCCUAAGUUGCUUUUGUUGUCGUCGUAAACGUGCCGUUGCGUUUUGUUCGUGGUCGUCGUUUUCCAUUAGUUAGAUUAUUGUCGUGUUAUAGUUAGGUUCUCCGAUCGUGGAGGAUCACAGUGUUUUUUCCGAUUUAAACAAAAUUAACGUACAAUUAGUAUACUAAACAUGGAGAUUGAGGCGGGUGAGAGAGUCCCCCCGUCCAAGGGCGGCAGCAUCAAAAGCUUUUUCGUCAAUCAUUGGAAGGGUCUUAUAGUACUACUAACACCUCUCUUAUUUUUACCUGUGAUGUUACAAAACAAUAUUCCCGCCUACCGUUGUAUGUAUCUUUUAUGUGUCAUGGCCGUAUUUUGGGUCACAGAAGCCUUGCCUUUAUACGUUACAUCUAUGUUGCCCAUAGUGGCGUUCCCUGUCAUGGGUAUAAUGGCCUCAAAUACUGUGUGUCAAUUGUUUUUCAAAGAUACCAUGGUCAUGUUUAUGGGCGGUAUUAUGGUCGCCCUGGUUAUUGAAUAUUGUAAUUUGCACAAACGUCUGGCGUUGCGAGUUAUUCAGAUUGUAGGCUGCAGUCCUAGAAGAUUACACUUUGGCUUGAUGUUUGUCACAAUGUUCUUGUCCAUGUGGAUUUCAAAUGCCGCUUGCACAGCAAUGAUGUGUCCCAUUAUUCAGGCUGUAUUGGAGGAAUUACAACAACAGGGAUUGUGUAAAAUGACCACGGAACCUGAGUACAAAAUUGUGGGAGGCAACAACAAGAAAACCGGAGAAGAAGCGCCUCCCCUUCCCUCGAAGAUAACAUUGUGUUACUAUUUGGGCGUUGCCUAUGCCUCAUCCUUGGGCGGUUGCGGCACUGUUAUUGGUACAGCUACCAACUUGGCUUUUAAGAGUUUGUACGAAUCUCGUUUCCCCACUUCGACGGAAACUUUGGAUUUCCCCACCUUCAUGUUUUACUCGGUGCCCUCCAUGUUGGUGUACACUGGACUGACCUACGUCUGGCUUCAAUAUCAUUUCAUGGGCCUUUUCCGCCCCAAGAGCAAAGAAGCCGAGGAGGUUAAAUUGGGACAACAGGGAGCUGGUGUGGCCCGCAAAGUCAUCGAUCAACGUUACAAGGAAUUGGGACCCAUGACCAUACAUGAAAUUCAAGUUAUGAUUCUGUUUAUUAUUAUGGUCGUCUUGUACUUUACUCGUAAACCUGGUAUUUUCACCGGCUGGGCUGACGUUCUGGACACUGUUGAAAUCAAAAAUUCUAUGCCCACAAUUUUCAUAGUUAUCAUGUGCUUCAUUCUUCCAGCUAAUUAUGCAUUUUUACGAUACUGUUGCAAUCGCAAUAAUUUACCAUUGCCCACUGCCCCCACACCCUCUUUGAUCACCUGGAAGUUUAUUCAAUCGAAAGUACCAUGGGGUUUGAUUUUCCUUUUGGGUGGCGGUUUCGCUUUGUCGGAAGGAAGCAAACGAAGUGGCAUGUCCUCGCUGAUAGGUCAAUCUUUGAGCGGUUUGAAGGUUUUACCUUUGCCAGUGCUGUUAUUGGUAGUUAUUUUGGUUUCGGUAUUCCUAACGGCUUUCAGUUCCAAUGUGGCCAUUGCCAGUAUUAUGGUACCAGUUGUAAUGGAGAUGGCUCUGGCUAUUGGAGUUCAUCCCUUGUACUUAGUGUUGCCUGCGGGUUUAGCUUGCAGUAUGGCCUUCCAUUUACCUGUCAGUACGCCCCCUAAUGCGCUGGUGGCGGGUUAUGCAAAUAUUCAAACAAAGGAUAUGGCUACCGCUGGCGUUGGUCCCACUAUUAUCACCAUUGUAGUCCUGUUUGUUUUCUGUCAAACAUGGGGCAAUGUGGUAUACCCAUCUUUGACCACCUUCCCCGAAUGGGCUCAAUUGCUGGUAUCAAAUGUGACACAGGCACAUGCUUAGAAGUCCCCAUCAUCAUCAUAAUCAUCAUAGCAGAAAAAUAAUCGUGAUGCCUUUCCUCCACCUCAUCAUAUGUCCUUAUUUUCAUUGUAAACUUGGUUUGAACAAGAGAUAUUCUAAAGUUAAACAAAUUUCCUAGAAGAGUUACUCCCCACGUCCCCCCUCCUCCAACCCAAGUGUAUGCUUUGUAAUUAGGUUUUAAGUGGACAAAAAAAAAACAAACUUUAAUCUAUAGAAAAAAAUCCAAAAAUUGGCCAUGAUUUAUGUUUUAGUUGCCUUUAUUUUAAUUGUUAACAAUUCUUAUCAUUUUCAUUUCUAAUCUAAAUAGGGUAACAAUUUGAUAAAAUUUUGAAAAGAUUGCCAAUAGAAGAAAUUUUGAGAGAAUUUCUUAUCGAUAAGAAAUUUUGACAAUAUUUGUGGACAUAAAUGCUAAAGUAUGACUUUGGAGACCUGCCUUCACAAGUCCCCAAAGUAUUAUUUUAAUCGUAAAAGCAGAACCUGCCAUAAAUGGACAUUUUGACAAAAUUUCCCAAAAAUAAGAAAUUUUUAAAAAAUUUCCUAUAGAAAAGAAAAUUUGGCAAAAUCUCCCUGCUUAAGGGCCAAAAAGCUAACAAUAUUUAUCUCUGGUUAGAUGAUCUUUACGAAAUUUCCCAAAGAUAAAAAUUGUUGUCACAAUUUCCUAUAAAUAAGAAAUUUUGACAAAAUUGUCCAUAGUUGGACAUUUUGAUAAAAUUUCCCAAAAAUAAGAAAUAUUUUAAAAAUUUUCUAUAGAAAAGAAUAUUUUGACAAAAUUUCCCUGCUGAAGGACCAAAAAGUAAACAUUGUUUAUCUCUGGUAAGGUGAUCUUUGAAAAAUUUCCCAAUUAAUUUUGACAAAAUUUCCCAAAAAUAAAAAAUUGUGCCAAAAUCAGAAACUUUGAUAAAAUUUCAAAUAGGUCAAGAAUUUUAACAAAAUUUUCCAAAUACAAGAAAUUUUGCCAAAAUUCUCCAAAGAUAAGAAAUAUUGACAGAACUUCCCAUGGAAAAGAAAUUUUCCUGGAUAAAAAAUUUUGACAAAAUUUCCCAUAGUUGGAAAUUUUGAUAAAAUUUUCCAAAAAUAAGAAAUUUUGGCAGAACUUCCUAAAGGAAAAAAAAUUCAGAAAAUUUCCCUGCUGAAGGACCGAAAAGUAAACAAUGUUUAUUUCUGGUUAGAUGAUUUUUACAAAAUUUCUCAAAGAUAAGAAAAGUUGACAUAAUUUCCCAUAGAUACCCUUGGAUUAGAAAUGUUGACAAAAUUCUCCAAAAAUAAGAAAUUAUGCCAAAAUUUCCUUUAGAUGAGAAAUUUUGACAAAAUUUCCCAUAGAUCUGAAAUUUUGACAAAAUUUUUACAAGAUAAGAAAUUUUGGCAAAAUUUAAAAAGAAAAUUUCACAAAAUUUCCCUUGUAUAAAAAAUUUUGAGAACAUUUCCUAUUAAUUAGAAAUCUUAACAAAAUUUGCCAAAAAUAAGAAAAUUUUACAAAAUUUUCCAUGAUCAGAUUCUUUGAAAAAAAUUUCUCAUAGAUUAGAAAUUUUGACAAAACUUCCCAUGGACAAGAAAUUUUGACAAAAUUUCCCAGACAAAGAAAUUUUGACAAAAUUUUGCAAGAUUUCCAAAAAACAAAAAUUUUAACAAAACUUCCCAAAAAUAAGAAAUUUUAACAAGGUUUCUAUAAUAAAAAUUUUGACUCAUUUCCUAUAGACAAAAAAUAUCCCAAAAACUUCGAGAAGUUGAAAAAUUUCCUUAGAAAUAUUUUUCUUUGUAAUUUCAUUGCAUUUCUUCGUUUUUAAGCUUAUAGUCUGUCUGUGUAUUUGUAAAAGGGAAAUUUUAGAAAACAUCCCCCAAUAUUUAAAAUUUAGUGCAAAUUAAAGUGUCUUUUUUUAUUAUUUAUUUGUUUAAAUUAAAAGUAGUUGUAAAAUUAAGUAAAUAAAUGUAUGUAUGUAUGAUGUAGCUGAUGUAUCCCCAAAAUUAAUAGAAAUAAGUAUGUAUAUAUACAGAUUUAUGUAUUAUAUACAUACAUAUGUACAUACUUGCCAAUAUUUCACAAACAGAAAACAGCAAAACAAACAAUAAUUGCAUUUCUCUAAACAUUUUUUUUGUGUAAUUUUGAUACAAUGACUAUACAAAUUUUGUUUUAUAAGACAAACAACAAAAAUUAACAUUUAUUUUUUUAUAUGCAUAUAUACCAACGUACAUAUAAAUGGAACAAUAAUUUUAGCAGCAAGAGCUAGAAGUACAUACCAACAAAAACUUAAAAUAUAUAGAAUUUAAAAUUAAAAAUAAAAUAUAUAUUUUAUAUAUAUUUUUACAAAAUGAAAUUUAUGUACUUUAAAUGUAAAACAUAAAAAUAAAAUAAAACAUUCUUAAAAAUAAUAAAUUAAA